UAAAGAUUCAGUUUAAUGUAUAUAUUUUUUCAGUUGAACAAAACAAUCAUAGUUUUAUGCUACCUCUAUCAAUAUCUCACUUUUACAGUUCGUGGCUCGGAUGGGAUAUGGAUGGUCAAUGGACCGCCAGAUACUGGCUCGGCCUCACAGUUUCCAGGGGAGAAGUCCCAUUGUCGGUGUAUGGCCUACAAUGACGAUGGUUCUCGCCUUGGCUGGUGUACUGAAAAUCAGGUCAUCGUUAUCAACACAAACACUUUCAAAAAGGUUUUUCAACUUGACAUCAACAAAGUUGUUUGUAUGAAGUUUUCUCCUAAGGGCUCGGUCCUGGUGAUGUGGCAGAAUUACUCAGUCAACCCAGAAACCAAGCAGGGAAACCCCAACCUUCACCUCUAUGAUACCUCCACAGGCCUUCUCCUCCGCAGUUUUAUACAAAAGAAACAGAAAAACUGGGAUCCCAAUUGGACCAAGGAUGAAGGCAUUUGCUGUAGAAAUGUUAACAAUGAACUCCAAUUUUUUGAAAACAACAAAUUCGAUGAGAUUAAAGUUAAAUUGAUGAUGCAGAAGAUCUCUGAGUACAGCCUGGCUUCCUGUGGGCCUCCGUAUGUGGUAGCUGGCUAUGUACCCGGAGUCAAAGGUCAGCCGUCCUUUGUAAGAGUGUACCAGUACCCAAACUUCGGGGGCCAGCAGGCUGCUUUGGCCAGUAAAAGUUUCUUUAAAUCUGACACGGUGACAAUGAACUGGAACAGCAUGGGGUCUGCCCUCCUAGUCCUGUCCUCCACAGAGACCUCGGAGCAAAAUUACUACGGUGAUCAGGGCCUCCAUUUUAUAUCAACACGCGGGGAGGCCUGUCUCGUACCUAGAUCUAAGAACGGCCCGGUUUACCAUGUGGAGUGGAGUCCUAAGGGUACCGAAUUCUGUGUUGUGUAUGGAUUCAUGCCAGCAAAGGCCACCUUAUACAACCUCAAAUCGGAACCUUUGUUUGACUUUGGAACUGGCCCCCGUAACGUGGCUUAUUUCAACCCUCAGGGAUCCAUUCUUUGUCUCGCUGGAUUUGGAAAUCUCCGUGGAAACCUAGAAUUCUGGGACACCAAGCAACGGAAACUCAUUUGUCAGGCUCAAGCUCCGGACACGACAAUUUUUCAGUUUCAUCCAGAUGGGGAACACUUUCUCACAGCGACUACGGCACCACGGUUGCGUGUCGGUAAUGGGUACCGAAUAUGGCACUUCACAGGUUCACUGCUGCAGCAGGUCAACGUUGACGGAGAUAAGGAACUGUGGGAGGCGCAGUGGCAGUCUGUCCCUGAGGGAACUUUUCCAGAACGUCUCCUAAACUACAAAGCUGCUCAGGCUAUGGCUGCAGAAGUAGCUCCGUUACCUGGAGUAAAAGCGGGUGUUUACCGUCCACCACAAGCUAGAGGUACAGAGCCGUCAUUCAAGCUGCAUGACUAUGAGGCACCGUCGGACCCAAACAGAAAACAACCAACAGAUUCUGGUGAAAGCAAAUCUGCAAGUAAAAAUAAGAAGAAGAGGGAUGCACGCAAAGCUAAGAUGGCUCGGGAAAAUGUGAGUGAAGCCGCAAGUCCAGCCCCGUCAGCAGUAUCUGGACCAGGGCCAGUCAUGGGAGCUCUUGCCUCACAGGCGCCCUCUACUGGUGACCCAGACAAGGAUAAGAAGGCCCGUAAUCUCAGGAAGAAACUACAAGCGAUACAGAAACUGAAAGAACAGAAGGCUGCAGGAAAACAGCUGGAGAUAAACCAGAUUGAGAAGUUGAAAACAGAGGCCUCACUUAUAGAAGAGCUAUCAGCACUUGGCUUGGAUGAUGACUGGAGUUGAUGAUAUAAUUUUGUCUUGUUUGAGUAAUAAAAAUUCAGCUACCACCUGGAUUGAAUGCCUUUGUUGAUGUUCAUUAAGCCAAGCCAGUGUUCAACUCUACCUGUGAUACAUGUGAAUAAAAAGUUCAAUAUUUA